ACGAGACUCAAACAGAAAAAGAUAUAGUGGUUAACUGCGAAUCGUUGAAAUUCAAGACGGAUCGCUAUCGCAUUUCUUCAAUUAUGUCUGUUUCGCUUUUCAUUCCGCUGCACUAAGCGAUCGCAACACAAAGAGAGAGAGAGAGGGAGAGAGGACGACUCCCACUCCAUACGCCCCCGCACACACACAAACACCCUCCCUCUCACCCAUAUUUACUAUGGAUUGUGGUGGUAUUGCGGCACAUCAACAACAACAAUUACAACAGCAACAACUGCACUUACUCCAGCAACAGCUACAACAACAACAACAAGAGUUGCAGCAACAACAACAUAACCUCGAGGAAGCAGCAACAAUAACAAAUAUCAACCUAAGGGGCAUCUUGGUGGGCGGCGCUGCCAGCGGCGCAGGUGUAGUAGGAGCAGCGGCUGGUGGUGCGACGACGACGACCGCCGCUGGCUUCGUGGCUGGUGGGGAUUGCCCCGUGAUUGGCUCCGGUGCUGCCACUGGCGUUAAGCUGCGCAGGCACAGCGACCGUCCCCUGACGCCGGAGGCCAAGCAGCUCUCCCACACAUACCGCAUUUCGAUGGCCAACCUGGAGGACUCGCAGGAGUCGGAGCUGGACCAGAUCCUCGGCGAGCUGAGCCUGCUGGAGGCGCAAAUCAGCUAUGGCGUCGGCGCUCCGCUGCCCGGCGCAGGUCUGCAGGUAGCGCCACCACCUGGCGUGGGCUUCGGUGCUCCGUCGCUGGCCUCCAUGUCGGCUGCCUCGUCGCGAUCGCAUUCGCGCACCAACAGCACCAUCUCGGCGGACGUGAGCAGCUGCUCCUCGUCCGGCAUCUCGGAGAACGGACACGGACACGGGCACGGGCACGGACUGGGAUUGGGACUGGGACUGGGAGUGGGUCACAUGAGCGGACCUGUGUCGGCCGGAAUGAUGAUGCAUCCGUCGCCGCCGCCGCCACCAUCGCUGCCGGUCGGCAUGACCAUGGGCAUAACGCUGGGCGUUGUCACGCCCCGGGAGCCGCGCACAGAGUCGCCCGACAACGAUUCCGCCUUCAGCGAUACGGUAUCGCUGCUGUCCAGCGAGUCGUCGGCCUCCUCAAACACAUCCCUGCAGCAACAGCAACAGCAGCAGCAGCAGCAGCAACAGCAUCAGCAGCAGCAUCAGCAGCAGAAGCAACAGCUGGCCAGCUCCGAGAAAUCGAUGAGCCAUGGCCAGCAGAGUGGCGCCAACAGCAUCUCGAAGGCGGCCAAAAUCCAGCUGGCCCUGCACAAGCUCGAAAGCGCCUCCAUCCGGCGCCUGUUUGUCAAAGCCUUCACCUCCGACGGUGCAUCCAAGUCGCUGUUGGUGGACGAGCGCAUGGUCUGCGGGCAUGUGACGCGCCUGCUGGCCGACAAGAACCACGUGCUGAUGCAGUCGAACUGGGCGCUGGUCGAGCACCUGGGCGAUCUACAGAUGGAACGUCUCUUUGAGGACCACGAACUGCUGGUGGACAACCUGAUGACGUGGAACUCGGACGCCGGCAACCGCGUGCUCUUCCAGCAGCGACCGGACAAGGUGGCGCUGUUCGCGCGCCCCGAACUGUACUUGCCGGGACCGCAGAUGGCGCCCGGAUGCCAGCACGACGAGCAGACGCGGCAGAUGCUGCUGGACGAGUUCUUCGACUCACACCAACAGCUGCAGCUGGACGGGCCGCUCUACAUGAAGGCGGACCCGAAGAAGGGCUGGAAGCGGUACCACUUCGUGCUGCGCUCCUCGGGCCUCUACUACUUCCCCAAGGAGAAGACCAAGAACACGCGCGACCUGGCCUGCCUCAACCUCUUCCACGGCCACAACGUGUACACGGGCCUGGGCUGGCGCAAGAAGUGGAAGUCGCCGACGGACUACACGUUCGGCUUCAAGGCGGUGGCCGACUCCUCGCUGGGCAAGGCGUGCCGCUCGCUCAAGAUGCUCUGCGCCGAGGAUCUGCCGACGCUGGACCGCUGGCUGACGGCCAUACGCGUGUGCAAGUACGGCAAGCAGCUGUGGGACAGCCACAAGUCGCUGCUGGAGGACCUGUCCUGCCUCAGCCGCCACGACGACGCCGUCUCGCAGUCGAGCUUUGCCGCCUCCAUGCGCAGCGAGUCCAUCUCGAGCAUCUCGUCGGCGGUGCCGUCGCAGUGCGGCAGCGUUUCCUCCGCCAUCAGCAGCAUGUCCAACUCGACCAGCGGCCGCACCUCGCGCGCCUCCAGCAGCAGCUCCAGCGGCUGCCUGUCGGACGACAACAACGGCUUCGACUCUGAAUUCACCACGGGCACCAUCAAGCGCAAGCCCUCGAUGAAGCCCAACCUGCCGCUGACCACCAUGACGCGCCAGCUGAAGGAGGUGGGCGAGAUCACCAUCUGCGAGAGCUCCGGCGGCGGCGGUGGCGGUGGCGAUGCCAGUUCCCCUGAGCGCAGCGGCACGCUGACGCGCCGCCACAGUCGCCGCAAGUCGCAGGAGAGCAAUGGCAGCGGCACGCUGAAGCGACGUCCCAUACCCGUGCCGGUGGCGCUUCCCGCUGCCGUCAAGCAGUCGUUGGAGCCCAUGGGCAGUGCCUCCUCCACCUCGUCCAGCAGCAACUCCACGCCCACGCCGACGCCCAGCAUCUGUGCCAAGCCGCCGCCGGGCGAUCAGGCGCAGGCCCAGGCGCAGGCGCAGGCUGCCUCGUUGAUGUGCUCGUCCACGUUGUCCCUGGACUCGCUGCCGCCGCCUCCACCGCCGCCGGCUUUGGAUGGUUCCGAGGAUCACGAUGUGUACGGUUCGCAGCUGUCGCUGGCCUCGCUGCCGCCACCGCCGCCGCCCGAGGAGGUGCUGGCCAUGACGGCCUAUGCGGAUCCGCCCAGCCCGGCCACGCCCACACCCAUGAGCACGCCCAUGGGAAUGGGAAUGGGGAUGGGAAUGGGAAUGGGGAUGAUGAUGCCCAACAGCAAUGGUUCACUGCCGCCGGCGGUGCCGGCCAAGCCCAUCAAGCCGGCCGUGAAGCAGCCGAAUGCGAGUGCGAAUGCGAGUACCCUCAAGGCAGCACCGCCGUACAAGGCGCCGCCGGACUAUGUGGGUCCCGCUUUGCUGCCCGGACCGCCGUUGCCGCCGCCGCCACCCGCCCAGAAGAAGGUCUCGUUCGCCGACUCGCCGGUGCUGCUGCGGCGCAAGAUGUGCUCGCCGGAGCCCGUGCUGCCGCAGCGCUCGCCAAGCACCACGCUCAGCUGCCAUUCCAGCUCCAGCGCGGGAUCGGCCGCUUAUCAGACCUACGCCCCCGGACCGAUGUUGCCGCCACGUUCGGAUUUGGCCCGCCUGUCCAGCCAGAGCAACGGCAGCAGCAGCAGCGCCAACGAGGUGACCUCGCCCAAGCGCCUGCAGGAGUCCGCCUCGAAUCCGCCCCGCGACUUUCUCAAGGAUCUGCAACGCGUGAUGCGCAAGAAGUGGCAGGUGGCACAGAAGUGCAAGGCGGAGCCGGCCACAACGCCGCACGAGGUGCUCGGCUUCCGGGACUUUAGCAACGAGGACCUUCUGGCCGCCCACAACCUCAACUCGGGGGCCAACUCCUCGCACUACUACCGCGAGACGGCCAAUGUGAGCCACUGGGUGCAGGAGCACUACGAGUACGCGCACAACGCGCUCUACGAGAACGUGCACGCCCAGGCGAGGGCGGGCGGCGCAGCUGGCGGCACUGGCGGCGCUGGCGGAGAUGCUGGCACACCUCCGCUGCCGCCGCCGCCGGGUAAUUCGGUGGCCGCCAAGAAGCGUCCGCCGCCGCCGCCUCCGAAGCGGAGCGACAAGACCCACCUGACCAACCGGGUAUAGGAUCAUUAUCCGAUGAGAAGGGUGAAUCCGCUCCAGCCACACACACACACACACUUGGGAUCCUCAUUCUCCAAAGGAGGGAUUUUCAUGGAGGAGCACAAAAAUUUACUUGUCUAAAAGAAAGAAAUUCCUACAAAAAGGCGUCAACAGAGCGAGAUGGAAAAACCACUAAUUAAAGCAUACAUUAUGUAUGACUUAUACAUAUAUAUAUUUUCUAAGAAUAUGCUAUGGCCACGCCCACUUCUCUUACACAAGUAUUACGCCUAACAGAGAAUCAAACUGCAAAAACUUUUGACUUAGUUUAGAGUCAAGUCAAGUCAAAUGUGUCAACAAUUUGUAGCCGUUUCGAAAAAGUUCUCAAAUAAUAUUUUCAAUCGGUGCUGGAUAUAAACUGAAACCCGUACUUGAUCUUAUACAUUGGCAAAAUAAAAUUUAAAUUAAGAGGGAUUUUAAAAUUGAAAUUUUAAACAAUUUUUUACAUUGAGCAUUAAAGCUAAUAAUAGGUUUGGGUUGACACUUUUGACCUGGUUUGAUUCUUCAAUCAGAUUUUGAUGCAUUUCGAAAGUCGAAAUAUUGUUGGGUUAAUAGUAACCAACAUACAAUACAAAAGCAAAAUGCAAAAAGGAAUUUUGCAUUAGUGAAAAUAUUUAAGCUAAAUUUUAGUUUGUAAAAAGAAAAGAAAUAAUGCAUUUUAAAAACGAUUGUGCAUUAUUUAAAACACUAAAUUAGCGUCAGAUAAGUGUACAAUGUGUUUAUAUAUGCAUGCACUUUUUUUAAUUGUUUAGUUGCUCUUAGUAUUGAUUUUAUAAUUUUUUUUUCUCGAUAAUCUCUGUAACGUUAGUGAACGUUUUGUAAGCGCAUGAAAUGCGCUGCGCUAGAAAAGGAAAUGCCUUAUAAAGCAUAUAAACCUAAAAAAGGGAAAGCCCUGCAUAUACACCUAAUAUAUAGUAAUGCAUGUAUGUGUUGAUCUAUCCAAAUUAUUUGCUGUUCAAAGCGAUAUUAUACACUUUAUUUGAAAAAUGUAAUUCCACAUUGAUUGUUCAGUUAAAAUAACCAAAUGCUUAGUUUUCAAAAUGUCUGUCAAGUUCCUCAAUAGAAUACAAAUUUAUAAUUCUCUUUGUACUUAUAACAAACCACAGAUAAAAUAGGCAGAUCAGCUAUAAAACACACUUUGUAUGUGCAAAUCAAACUAUUUAUAUUAAAGGCAAUAAGGGAACGUUUAAUUAUUUCUGUACACAAAUCAAAUAUGUAAUUCAUCUAGAACCUGUAAUAAUAUAUAAAUUAAUUAUUUGCUAAAUUUCGCUUACGAAUUGUGUUUCUCAACAUAUAAUUUUUGAAACGUUCCUAUAGGUUCAAUUUUUAUAUGCAUAUAAUAAAUGAGUUUAGUGAAAGCUAUAUUUUUUUUUGGGAUUUAUUUUUCCCUGCUGUGCACUAAUCAAACUAAAUUACGCGCAGAAUAGCUUUCAAUUCUAGAUGAUCGAUUGCCAAUCGAUAAAAAUAUAUUUUGCAAUCUUUAAGUGACCUACUUAUCAACGGUUUAUCGUUUUUAUCGAUUAUAUAUUGAUCAAAUUUGUAAUUGUUUUUGUGUAGUAACUUGUUUGCCAUUUGUUUUGUAUGUAUGUUUGUGUACAGCCAGAGACAGCCAUAUAUAUAAAUAUAAGCAUAUAUACGUGCCUGUAUAUCGUAACCGGUUCGCCAAUAACUUCAGUUUAAAAGUGUGAAAACUGAAACAUCUUAUCAUACACUAUUCGGAUUGAAUACUUUUGAUCCUGUGGUCCCGAUACACACUGUAUAAAGGCAUAGCUAUAUAGUUCUAUAUGAAGUUUUGUUACGUUUAAGCGGCGUGUGUGCUGCGCAAUCGAAUAAUGAUCGAAUCACUCGACUUAAAUUUCGCCUUCUCUCUCCAGCCAUCCUAGAAGUGUUCAGACUCCAAUCCCAAAAGAUCCCGCAUCAGCUAAAUAAGCCUGCUUUUUUCUCAUCCUAUGUCACACAACCACAACACAACCUUAUAUAAAUAUAUGAAACUUUCGUUUGAAUACAAGAAUCAAGCAUUGGGUUUAUUAUGGUAAAUUUGCAUUUUACUUUCCUACGUAUACAAAACUAAAGGGUAUUAUGCAUAUAGAUCUAGAUAUAAACAUACUUAAAUAAAGGAAAUGCCAAUUUUUAAAGCUUGAAUUUAUAUGAAGAUAUUUUUUAGAAACUAUACGCUAUAUAUAUAUCUAUAUAUAUAUAUAUAUAUAUGGUAGGAACACAAGGAUGUGCCAUAGGCGCCGUCGUCGUGUCAAAACAACAACAACAAAAAAUAAGAAAGAAAAACCUGCAACAUUUUUUGCUAAAUAAAUGUAACAAAAUCUAAAUGAACCUAGUCAUUAAGUCCAUGAUAACAAAAAUAAAAACUUAAAUUAAAAGCUAAAUAAAUUCAUAUUUAAAUGGCAUGCAUAUAUACAUAUGUAAUUAAACGCAAAGGAAAGUGAAAUUUAGAAACUUACUCAAUGCUUUUACUACAAAAAACCAUUUUAAAUAUAAUUUGUUUGCCAUUUUACAUAUAAUUUGUGAUUUUUUUUUGUUUCCGUUCGUUGCUUAAAUAUUUCAAUUUCUUUGUAUAAACAAUUAAGUAAUGAAGAGAAAUAAAUCAAGGUUCAACUAAAGAACAAGAAAUCAAACACAAAACAGAAUCCUAAUUAUAUAAAGUAAGGAAAACUCAAAUUACAGCCCUAGCUAAAACUAAAAGAAAAGACUACAGCUGAAGGAAAGCAAAAUAAGUAAGUUCAUUACUAUAUCGCCAACACAUUCAGACAUCAUUCAUAUGCAUUAACUACAAAUUUACAAAUACAGCAACGGAAAACUAAAACAUCUAACUAUGAAAUCAAAGAAAACAUCAAUUUUUUAAAAUAAGCACCAGAAAUUCUUUGCAGGGCUAUUAUAUAAUAAACAAUGUUGCCAUUUGAUACCAUUUUUUCCACAAAUAAAAACACAUUUGAUAUAAAAAUAUAUAUGACUAUAUAUACCUUAUAUUCCGAAUCAAAUGGAAUUUUUUGUAAUUUUGAUAGAAACAUUCAAAACAUUAAAAACGAAAAAGAACAAACAAAACUGUGCGAAUGAAACGUGUUACGAAAACUAUGAGAAAUAAAUGCGAGAAAUGCCUAAGAAAAA